CCAUGAGCAGUGAGCUGAAUGUCCCAAUGGGCUCGCCGGCUCCAGGUGUGUCGGAGCGGCCUCCAGACGGCGGGGGGAUGGACUACAGGGACUGGGUGCGACGUAGUUACCUGGAACUGGUCAGCUCCAACCACCACUCGGUGCAGGCGCUGUCCUGGAGGAAACUCUACCUGAGCCGGGCCAAGCUGAAGGCCUCCAGCCGGACCUCGGCCCUGCUGUCCGGCUUCGCUAUGGUGGCGAUGGUGGAGGUGCAGCUGGAGAUGCAGUACAACUACCCCCGCGUUCUCCUCAUCGCCUUCAGCGUUUGCACCACGGUUCUGGUGGCGGUGCACCUCUUCGCCCUGCUGAUCAGCACCUGCAUCCUUCCCAACGUGGAAGCCGUCAGCAACAUCCACAACCUCAACUCCGUCAGCGAGUCGCCCCACGAGCGAAUGCACCACUACAUCGAGCUGGCGUGGGGCUUCUCCACCGCUUUGGGCAUCCUGCUCUUCUUAGCCGAGGUGGUUCUCCUCUGCUGGAUCAAGUUCCUGCCGGUAGACGCCAAAAAAACGGAUCCUCCCGCCACGCCGCCGCCGCCGCAGAACAGCGGCUGGCAGGCGGCGCUGGCCUCCACCAUCAUCAUGGUGCCGGUCGGAGUGAUCUUCGUGGUGUUCACCAUUCACUUCUACCGCUCUCUGGUGCGCCACAAGACGGAGCGCCACCACCAGGAGAUCGAGGAACUGCACAAGAUUAAAGUGCAGCUGGACGGACACGAGAGAGGCCUCCAGUCUGUGUGA